CACACACACUCACACACACUCACACACACUCAGAGCAGAGCGGAGCAGAGCAGAGAGCGGCUCUCCAGUCACACAGAUCAGUGCCAGACGCACGGCCGACUUGUUGUUUGUGCGUGACUUUCAUUAGUUUUUCGCUCCGUGUUGUAGGAGGAGAACACUUUCUGUCCUGACGCCAGACAGCUUCCAGUGAGCUUCAACAGUUUGAAGUUUGUUUCGGACUUGUCAACUUUGUUUGGACUAUAUUUCACAAUCGGACGUGGACACUUAUCCUACUCGACGCGCAGAAGUCAGCUCGGAAAAGUUCACCAGAGAGAAGGAUUGCUUCUUUUCGCCGCAGCAGCGCUCACAGUCUCAAGAAGAAAACUGUCACUGCGACUUCGUGUGGGGAGUUUUUUGAAUUGAGCCGUCCCAGAAAUGGUGGGGCACCUACAUUUACAAGCUAUGGAUGACAGUCUCAAAGGAAAGAACCGGGAAGGGCUGCUUGACAGUCCGGAUUCCGGCUUGCCCCCCAGCCCGAGUCCGCCCUUCUGCUCCCUGUCUCCGGGUCUGAUCGAGUCGCGCUCCGGCAGCUGCACGACGCCCGUCGAAAACCAUCAUGGAUAUUAUAAAAGGGAGAGCAAAGAGGGCAAACUGCUGCCCUACCUGCUGCUCAGCUCCACAGGGACGGACCCCAGGACUCGCAUGUACCCCGUCUUCUAUGGCGAAAGCAUUGAGGUCGACCCCAAACCAGAACAAGAAAUCAAGUGCAACUCUGAGGUCAAGUAUGACUCGGACAAGCAUUACCAGGACCGGGUGUACUGCGCUCCCGUUCCCACGGCCACCUCCUACAGCGAGACGGUGGUGGCGGUGCAGAACUGCACCUGGAGGAGCUACAAGUCCCAGGUGUAUCUGGAGCCGCGGCAGAAGCCCCGGCACUACCAGAGCACCACCAUCAUCUACCCCAAACACGCCAAGAACACUUACCGCACCACGCUCACCUACAACGCCACGGGCUCCCGCCGCUGGUUUGUGUCCACGGUGCAGCUGGAGUCCAGCGAGGACAGCAGCCCCUGUAUCAUCUACACAGAGGACCUGUAGGGCCCCGACCGGACCGGCCCACGGCGGGUGGGGGGUCAUCUCGGGUUAUUGAGGACGAGGCACUUGGGAUGGCCCCGAGUUGAAAGGGAAGCGCUGCACAGAGUGACUGGAACCCCUUGGACCCCUGGUCUGUUCAUCUUUACUCGCCACGGAGGAAACGCUGGGAAUCCUUUAGCUACGUUUCACCAAAGGGACAUGAAUUAUUUAGACUUUUCUACUGACGCAGUCUUUAAAAAAAAGGGAAUGGGGCAGUUUUAAUGCUGCGCUUCAAUUGUCUUAUUUAAUACCACAAGCUGACAAAUUGGUGGCCUUUUGCUCUCCUCCAGGUUAGAUCGCUGCCUCGGCGAAAGGCAGCGAGCCCCGUUUAGCCUGCAGACGUCUGUGUUUGCAGAAAGCCCGACGCUGGGAUUUCAGCAGAGCUCACACGAGCCCGUUCAGCACCAAUGCAACGCUUUCUAACACCGCUUUAUUGCACUUGUUUCUGUGUGUGUCGCAAAUUAAUGUCGGUUGUCUCAGUGGGACUGGCGUCGCAGAGGGGCAAAGCUGGACUGAAAUACUGCUUUUGAAAAAUUUGGACCAAAGAUAUUUGAACAGCAGAGUUGCUAGGUGAAAGCUGAUCUCCCUGCCACAGCUCCAUACACUUUCAUUUUGACACUUUUUUUUUUUUUUUUGCAGGUGCACACAUUCAAACAGUCGCUUCUCUACCUUAGUCCAUUAGUUGAUUCAGAUCAGUCCUAACUACCCAUUUUCACCAGACUGCUCUGUAGGAUUAAGACUUAGGUCUGAUGAAACGGAGCAUCACAACAAUAAAAGACCAUCGGAGAAUUUAAAGAGAGAGACAAUCAAAGAUGGCAACUUCCUUUUCCUGUCAAAUAAAUGCCAGUGCCAGGAAAUUAGCCCAAAAUAACAGAGUCAGUCAAUGUAUUACAAUGUCCGUCACAGCUUUAUUGAUACUGCACAUGUUGUAACUAAUGCAGUGGACAUCUGCAUCCACUCAUCCUCUCCAGCUACUGUUUGAAUGACAUCUGGUUUGUUUGCAGUAUUAUUAAAGAGUGUCUUCAGUGGGCGAUCUGGCACCGACGUCACACCUGCCUCUCGAAAAGCAAGCCCAGUCUGACGAGUUCAUCUUGCACGGUGUGUUGUUUUCACAAAUCAACAAGCUGCAGGUUCUGAUUUUACUCUUAAUCAUCCAAACAAAAGCUCAGCAAUCAGCUACAUGUUUUUUUUUUUAAGAAAUGAGAUUGGCCUGAUCUUUCUCACAACUUUCUGCUAUAUAUAUAUGUAUAUACAUAUAUAUAUAGUUCAUUGAACAUGGUAAAUAUUGAAACUUGCUUUAUGAAUUAAGAUCUUACCUCAAAUCUUUUUAGGUAUCAAAUUUAGUUCAUUGCAAAUGUAUAUUCCCUAUUUUCAGUUGAGGUCUUGAGCUUGAGAUCUUGUUAUUUGUAUUGUUUGAAAUAAUAAAAAAAAAGGCAUUUCCUCCUUAAGUAAGUGAAGCGUAGAAGGUACAUGAAGCGGGUGUGAGGCUGAGGCGGUGUCCGUACCGUAGGAAUGGUGCAGGGAGUUGAAGAGGGAACAGAAAAGUAGCAAUGCAAAGUGCAACACGAGCGAUUCCCGAGGGGAAUCCCACACAUCACAGUCGGACCCAAAAGAUAAAAACGAGGGAUUUGGUCGCGGGAUGGUCCUGUGAUUUGCACGUGAUGGGAAAGUUGCUGGCAGGACGGCUGAGGGAUUUGUCACGUGUCAGUGGUCUGCGAGAUGUCAAAAAAAGAGGCCUGGAGAUGGAAGUUAGGAGAUGUCAAGUUUGAUACGUUGGUGGUUUUGUGUAAGAUAAGAUUUGUGUUUCCUAACACUUGAUUUUGUUACUGUAAAAUAUUUUCCUUGUUGUAUAUGUGGCAUCGAGGCACUUCAUAAUUCUCUUUAUAUUUUUGUACAUUUCAAUCAUCAUUCUUGUUCUGAUCAAAAGAAAAUAAUUUAAAAAGAUGUAUAUCCUAAUUGAAUAAAAAAAAAUAAUA